AUGGCUGGCGAAAUUGUUGGGGAAUCCAUUAUGUCUAAGAUAGCAGAGCUCUUGGUGGAACCAACAAUAAGGCAAUUCAGUUAUAUGUUCUGUUUCAACAAUUUUGUCCCAGAAUUCAAAGGACCAAAGGAGAACCUGACUUUGGCACUAGAUCGUCUGCAAAAGGCUGCCAGACGUGCUGAAAGGAAUGAUGAAGAAAUUGAGAAAGAUGUCAACAAGUGGCUGGAAGAUGCAAAAAAGGAAAUUGAAGAUGCCAACCAUUUGGAUGAACAAAUAGAAAAAAAUGGCAAAUGCUUUACAUGGUGUCCAAAUUGGAUGCCACGAUGCAAGCUAAGCAAGGCAUCGGCAAAGAAGAUAAAGACAUUGAGGGAACUCGAAGAAAAAAGCAGAAAGUUUCAAACAUUGUCUCACAAAGCUCCUCUUCAAGAUAAAGAAUUUCUUCCAGACGAGAAUUUUACACCUUCAGAGUCGUCAAAAGAAGCUUUCGAACAGAUAAUGGAAGCGCUCAGAGAUGACAAAGUCAAUAUGAUCGGACUGUACGGAAUGGGAGGGGUGGGUAAAACCACCAUGGUGAAAGAAGUAAUGAGGAGAGCCAAAGAGUUAAAGCUGUUUGAUGAAGUUUUGAUGGUUGUAGUGUCCCAGAAUCCUGAUGUCAUAAAAAUUCAGAAUGAAAUGGCAGAUAGUCUAGGUCUGAAAUUUGAGGAAAGUAGUGUAAAAGGGAAAACAAAUCGACUAAGGCAAAGAUUAGUGAAAGAGAAGACUGUGCUUAUCAUCCUAGAUGAUGUUUGGAAUGUUAUUCACUUGGAAGAGAUAGGGAUCCCAUUUGGAAAUGAUCACAGGGGUUGUAAAAUUCUUCUAACAACACGUCUUAAAAACAUAUGUUUUUCUAUGAGAAGCCAGAGAAAAGUGUUUUUAGGAGUCUUAUCUGAAAAUGAAGCAUGGGCUUUAUUCAAAAGGAAAGCAGAUUUACGUGAUGAGGACUCUGCAAUGAACAAAGUGGCAAAGGAGGUUGCGGGAGAAUGCAAAGGCUUGCCUAUAGCACUCGUAACAGUGGGAAGCGCUCUCAGAGAUAAAUCUAAAGAUGAGUGGGAAGCAGCAUCUAAAAAGCUCAAAAACUCUCGAAUUCUACCCAUUGAACAAAUUGACGAACAAAAAAAUGCAUAUACAACUCUCAAGUUGAGUUAUGAUUAUUUAAAGCACGAGAAAGCCAAGUUAUGUUUCUUGCUUUGUUGUUUAUUUCCAGAAGAUAGCGACAUUCCAAUUGAGGACUUGACGAGAUAUGCCUUUGGCUAUGGGUUACAUCGAGAUGAGGAGUCCAUUGAAGAUGCAAGGAAACAAGUGUAUUUGGCUGUCAAACACCUCAAAGAUUGUUGUUUACUGUUGGGCACUGAAAAUGAAGAAUGUGUGAAAAUGCAUGACUUGGUUCGUGAUGUUGCUAUUCAAAUAGCAUCAUCAUCAAAAGAAUUUGGUUUCGUAGUAAAGGCUGGCAUUGGGUUAAAGAGGUGGCCAGGAAGUCCUGAAAGCUUUGAAGGUUGUACAGCUAUUUCGUUAAUGGGCAAUAGACUGACAGAACUUCGUGAAGGAUUGGUAUGUCUACAGCUCAAAGUUUUGUUAUUAGAAUUGGAUUAUAGCGUGGCAGUUCCACCUAAAUUUUUUGAAGGGAUGAAAGCAAUUGAAGAACCUUCAAUCUCUGCAAUUUAUUUACUGGAAUGCAAGAACCUCAUUUCGUUGAGAAAGCUGCAAAGACUUAAGAUUCUUUGUUUUCGGGAGUACUCCUUGAUUGAACCAUUACCUGAAGAAAUAGGAGAGCUCGAGAACUUAAGGUUGUUGGAUUUGACAGGUUGUAAGAUUCCUGUGAAUUUGAUUGGAAGGUUGAAGCACUUAGAAGAACUGUUGAUUGGGUCUGAUAGCUUUGGUGAAUGGGGUGUUGGUGGGAGAAGCAGAGGAGGAAUGAAUGCAAGCCUAACAGAACUAAAUUCAUUGUCUCAUCUUUCUGUAUUAUCGUUGAGGAUACCAGAGAUCAACAUUCCCAGAGAUUUUGUUUUCCCCAAGUUGCUUAAAUAUGAAAUAGUAUUAGGAAUCAAGAGGUUUCCGGGGUUUUCAAGGGCUAGAAGACCGUUUCCAAUGUCCCAAGCAAGUUAUCCAACCUCGAGAAGAUUGACUUUCUCAUGUAUCAACACCACAUUCUUAAAUGCAAAGACAUUUGACGAGCUAUUCCGUACAGUAUCUCAACUUGAUUUGUAUCAUGUGUCCGGUUUGAAAAAUUUAACGUGGUCCUCUAAUCACAUGAUCAUGCAUGAGCAGCAACAGGGAUUGUAUCUCAACAGGGACCAUGCUUUGGAAAAUCUACAGAGCGUGAGAAUUCGUAGUUGCGUUCAAUUGGAAGAGGUAUUUGAAUUGGGUGAGGAGAAGACGUUGCUGCUGUCAUCUUUAACGAAGUUAGAAUUGGAAUGCUUACCUAAUCUCAAGAACAUAUGGAAGCGGCCUAACCGACAUGUUAGCCUCCAGAGUCUUACUUAUCUGAAAUUGAGGAAUCUCCCCAAACUGGCAUAUGUCUUUCCUGUGUCUGUGGCUCCAAGUCUUCUGAAGCUGGAAGAGAUAGAUAUUGCAGAUGCCAAUGAAUUAAAGCAAAUAUUUGGCAGUGGAGAAGGAGAAGAUGUACUCACAAUAGAUGGAAAUGGAGAUAGAGAUAGAGAUGGCAUCAUCGAGUUUCCUCAACUAAGAAAGUUGGAGCUUCAUAGGUCCGGAUCAAAUCUCAAGUUUUUUGGUUCGAACAAUUUUGCUGUCAAAUUGCCUUCUUUGCAACAUCUACAAAUUGAGGGCCACAACCAAUUGGGUAAUUUAUUGGCAAAGCUGUUGGGUCUCAUGCUGAAAAAUUUGACUACUUUGGAGGUGAUUAAGUGUAAGGGAUUGAGACAUAUACUCCCAUCCAGCAUGAUUGCCAGUUUACUUCAAUUGAAAGUUUUAAAGAUAUCAAGGUGUGAGGAAUUGAAGGAAAUCAUUGCUAUGGAUAAUGAAGGUGGAAUGGGUCAAAACUCAUUGGGAAACGAGCAUCUGAAACGUUUAUGCUUCCCUAAUCCACUCGAGCUAUCAUUACAAGGAUUACCAAGCCUUGUCUACUUCUGUACUGCAACUUACGAUUUCAUAUUUCCAAGCUUGGAAAUGUUAAAGGUGGAAAAGUGUCCCAAGAUGAACCCAAUGCUCACUGUUGCAGUAAAUGAUUCCACGAGUGCUAAGCCAGAGGUUGAAAGUUUUGUAACAAGUAGAAAAGGUGGGCGCGAACUUUCACUCCCGAGUUUGGAAACAUUAAAGUUGAGCUCUCUGCCUUACUUGAGGAGUAUAUGCAAGGGUCUCAUGCUGAAAAAUUUGACCACUUUGGAGGUGAUUAAUUGUGAGGGACUGAGAUAUUUACUCUCAUCCAGCAUGAUUGCCAGUCUGCGUCAACUGAGAGCUCUAAAGAUAUCAGGGUGUGAGGAAUUGGAGGAAAUCAUUGCAAAGGAUAAGAUUUGGCCAGAAAGUCAUCUCCAAUCUUUAUGCUUCCCCAGAUUGUGUGAAAUUGAGAUCAGCCGAUGCAACAAGUUGAAGAGUCUCUUUCCAGUCAUCACUGCCGCAAGACUUUCAGAACUACAAUGUCUCAAAGUAAGAGAAGCUCGUCAAUUAACUGAAGUAUUUGGACAGUAUGAUAACUCUUCACCUGUCAAUGUUGAGAAAGAGAUUGUGGUUCCUAAUCUGCUGCAGUUGUCGCUAAAAAAUUUACCAAGCAUCGUCUGUUUCGGCCUUGGAUGUAAAAAAUUCUUAUUCCCACGUCUGGAAAAGUGUGUGGUUGGAAGUUGUCCUAAGAUGGCAACAAAAUUCAUUGUAUCUCAGGUUGCUGAGGAUUCAAGCAGCACCUACAAAAUGUGGACCAGAGAUGGUGGGUGGAAAGAACAAGAUUCUGAUCUUGGGAGCUUCUGGUGGAUAAGGGGACUGUUGGAGAAAAGCUCAGUUGCACAGGAUUUUCCAAAUGGGAAGGUUGUAUAUUCAUUUCUGCAGGAUAUUGUGCCAUCAUCAUUUCCAUACCCUGGAUGGAACGAAGGUCGAAUUACCUGCCAACGAUCCCAGCUCAAGCGUAUUCUGUCUACGACAGAAUCAAUUUCAGAUGGGACCAAGAAAGAUAAAUUCAUCAUGCCGGUGGUGCCACUGCCACUACCUACCGGGCGAUGGUUAUUCGUGGCCGCCCAUCGCCCAUUAGGUAGUGGCUAUCCGUGGCUAGUGGAUCGUGGCCGCCCACUACCUACUAGGCGAGUGGUUAUUUGUCGUCGUGGCUAG